AUUAUUAUGAAAUUAUUGAAAAUAAAAAUUUUAACAUGUUUUCUUCUUUUUCUUUCGAAAUACAGGCAUUAAAAUAAAAAUAAUCUGUGAUAAUUAAAUUUAAAAACAAAGUUAAUCAAACACAAACACAAACAAUAGUGUGAAUUUGUGAAUACAAAUACAAUUUUGGUUAUUAAUAUUAAUUCUAAUAUUUGAGGUUGAGUGUAUAAUAUAUAAGUUUUUUUGAGUAUUAUUUUUGAAUAUUUAAUUUACCUAUAUUGUAAUUUACUUUUUAUUGUUUAAAUAUAAACUAAUAUUUGAUAGAGGUAAAGUUUGUGAGGUUGUGGGGUGAAAUCACUGGAUCUACUGGAUUGAUUUUGAAAAUUGUUUUACCAAUAGAAAGCCACAUUAUUUGUGUAAAUGGGUCCCAAAGGCUUCCAGUUUGCUAUUGACAGAGGGGGCACUUUCACAGAUGUGUUUGCAUCUUGCCCCAAUGGCAAAGUGCGGGUUAUGAAAUUGUUGUCAGUGGAUCCACAGAAUUAUGACGAUGCUCCAAGAGAAGCCAUAAGGAGGAUUUUACAGGAGGAAACAGGUAACGCCUUAGAUAAAGAUGGCAAAGUUAACUCAUCACUUAUAGAGUCCAUCCGGAUGGGCACCACAGUUGCUACCAAUGCACUUCUGGAGAGGAAGGGAGCUAAGAUGGCUCUUGUCAUUAACAAAGGCUUCAAAGAUCUUCUGUAUAUUGGCAACCAGGCUAGGCCUAAUAUAUUUCAACUGAAUAUAAAACGUCCUGAUGUGUUAUAUACAGAAGUGGUAGAAGUAGACUGUCGUGUAAUACCGGGAAUGGAUCAAUGUCAGAUAGACAAGUCUAAAUUGAAAUGGAAAGAAACGUACGGCACUACCGGUCAAAAGAUACUGGUUAUUCAAGACGUGGAUGAGGAAGCAGUGAGAAAAGAUUUAAAAGUACUGAGAGAGAAAGGGAUAAACAGUAUAGCAGUUGUUCUUGCUCAUAGUUACACUUAUAGAGAGCAUGAACUAAAAAUUGGAAAGAUUGCUGAGGAGUUAGGUUUCAACCAAGUAUCUCUCUCACAUUCUGUCACAUCAAUGGUGAGAAUGGUUCCGCGGGGCUUCACAGCGUCGGCUGAUGCAUAUUUGACUCCACAUAUCAAGGAGUAUGUAAAGGGAUUUUCAAAUGGUUUCACUGAUGACUUGAAGAACUCUAACGUGUUGUUCAUGCAAUCGGACGGAGGAUUGACACCAAUGAAUUUAUUUAACGGUUCGCGGGCGAUUCUAUCAGGACCUGCAGGGGGUGUGGUUGGUUAUGCCCUCACUUCUUAUCAAAAGGAGACUGGAUUACCUGUUAUUGGUUUCGACAUGGGAGGCACCUCGACCGACGUGUCGCGGUAUGCGGGAGCUUUGGAACACGUUCACGAGGCGACCACUGCAGGAGUUACCAUUCAGGCACCACAGCUGGAUAUAAACACAGUAGCGGCAGGCGGCGGGUCGAUGCUGAUGUUCCGCUCGGGGCUAUUCGUGGCGGGCCCGGAGUCCGCGGGCGCGCAGCCCGGACCCGCUUGCUACAGGAAAGGGGGCCCCCUAACUGUCACUGAUGCUAACCUCUUAUUAGGGCGCCUCCUGCCUGAAUAUUUCCCCAAAAUAUUUGGACCGAACGAAAACGAGGAGUUGGAUCUAAAUGCGACGGUCGCUGCCUUCACCAAAUUGACUGAUCAAAUAAAUAGCUUCUUGAAACAGAGUGGCGGGAAAUCGAUGACUAAGGAAGAAGUUGCAAUGGGGUUCAUUAAUGUUGCCAAUGAAGCUAUGUGUCGUCCAAUAAGGGCGUUAACAACAGCACGCGGUUACGACGCGCGCACGCACGCGCUGGCGUGCUUCGGCGGUGCGGGCGGGCAGCACGCGUGCCAAGUGGCGGAGAGGCUCGGCAUACGCACCGUGUACGUGCACAAGUACGCCGGUAUUUUGUCGGCUUACGGCAUGGCUCUCGCCGACGUGGUGCAGGAAGCGCAGGAGCCUUGCGCGCUGGUGUACUGUCCCAACAGUUUUGAUGAACUCGACAUGCGAUUGGACACCUUGGCUGCAGUGUGCAAAGAUAAAUUGAAAGCACAGGGUUUCUCGGAGUCACAAAUAGUGCUGGAACCGUAUCUCCACUUGCGUUAUGCGGGCACGGAUUGCGCACUGAUGGUGUCUCCGGCGCUUGGGGACUCUGCUCACGCCACUAAACAUGGCGACUUUUACACUGCGUUCGUCAAUAGAUAUAAAAACGAAUUCGGAUUUACACUCUCAGACCGUGACGUACUAGUUGACGAUGUCAGAAUCAGGGGAAUCGGCACAAGUGUGCCCGCGGAGCAUACAGCACCAGUUAGUGGGAAGGGGACCAAACCACCUCUAGAAAAGAUCGUAAAGGUAUACUUCGAAGGUGGUUAUCAAGAUACGGCAAUAUAUUUGUUAGAGAAAUUGCGUCCUGAACAGGAGAUAUUAGGACCUGCAAUUAUUAUGGACAGUUUGUCCACUAUACUGAUUGAGCCAGGGAGCAGCGCUGAAAUAACAAAAUUGGGCGACAUCCGUAUCUCAGUGGGCGCGAGUCAGUCCAAGUCCGUGACGGCUGAGCUAGACUCGGUGCAGCUCAGCAUAUUUUCGCACAGGUUCAUGUCUAUUGCAGAGCAAAUGGGCAGGGUAUUACAACGUACGUCGAUAUCUGUCAACAUCAAGGAGCGGUUAGACUUCUCUUGCGCCUUGUUCGGCCCGGACGGUGGGCUCGUGUCCAACGCUCCGCACAUUCCUGUGCAUCUGGGCGCUAUGCAGGAAACUGUGCAGUACCAGAUGAAAGUGCGAGGAGAUUCCUUGAAACCUGGGGACGUUUUGUUGGCGAAUCACCCUAAAGCGGGAGGCUCGCAUCUCCCUGAUCUGACCGUCAUGACGCCCGUGUUUCACGAAUCUAGCAAGCGGCCGAUAUUCUUCGUGGCGUCUCGCGGUCACCACGCCGACAUCGGCGGCCUGACGCCCGGCUCCAUGCCGCCGCACUCCACCAGCCUGGCGCAAGAGGGCGCUGCAUUCAAAUCCAUGCUACUGGUCGACGGGGGACUGUUCAACGAAGAGCUUCUUGUUAAAGAACUAAUGAAGCCGGGUGAGGUGUCCGGUUGUUCUGGCACAAGGAACCUGUCUGACAACUUGUCCGAUCUGAAGGCGCAAGUCGCUGCGAAUCAACGGGGUAUCCAAUUGGUCACUGAAUUGAUACAUCAAUACGGUUUGGAUGUAGUACAAGCGUAUAUGGCGCAUAUUCAGCAGAACGCAGAAUUGGCAGUUAGGGAUAUGUUGAAGGAAAUAGCUAAAAGCACAAUAGCUAAAACUGGUUCAGCUGUUUUGAAGGCUACUGAGUAUUUAGAUAACGGCACCGCCAUUGUUCUGAAGAUUACACUGGACAAAGAUAAAGGAAGCGCAAUUUGUGAUUUCACAGGUACAGGUGUGGAAGUGUGGGGAAAUUUGAACGCUCCACGAGCGAUUACUCUGUCAGCUUUGAUAUAUUGCCUUAGAUGCAUGGUGGGACAUGACGUACCAUUGAAUCAGGGCUGUCUCAAUCCAGUAAAAGUGAUAAUUCCAGUUGGUUCUAUAUUGGAUCCUUCUGAAGACGCGGCCGUGGUGGGAGGCAAUGUUCUCACCUCGCAACGCAUCGUUGACGUUGUUUUCAAAGCAUUCCAGGUCUGUGCCGCAUCUCAAGGCUGUAUGAACAAUUUGACUUUAGGAGAAACCAGCUGGGGAUACUAUGAGACCGUGGCCGGGGGCAGCGGAGCUGGUCCCGGUUGGCACGGCACAGGCGGAGUGCACACCCAUAUGACCAACACGCGUAUCACCGAUGUAGAGAUAGUCGAGAACAGAUACCCCAUAUUUGUGACGCGUUUCUCCCUUCGACAGGGCUCUGGGGGGCGAGGUCAGUGGAAUGGCGGCGACGGUGUGACCCGCGAGCUAGUGUUCAGAAGAACCGUGCAGCUGUCCGUGCUGACGGAGCGAAGAUCCUUCCAGCCUUAUGGGAUGAAUGGAGGUGAACCGGGAGAGAGAGGCUUGAAUUUACUAGAGCGAGUAGACGGGCGGGUGAUAAAUCUCGGAGGAAAGGCAUCUGUUGAAGCUUAUCCUGGGGAUAAAUACAUAAUGAAUUCACCCGGUGGCGGAGGUUAUGGGAGUCCAUCAGACCUACAUGAUCCGAACAAGCAGACAAACAAACAAUACAGCGAGUUCUUGGAGAGAGGAAGCGUUUACGAAUACAGGAGUGCGCAGGAGUCAGUUUAGUUGUAAGUUAAAAUCUUGCGCAAUAUUUAACUUUUUAAUUUCGAGAAAUGUAUUUUAUAAUAGCCUGCCAAAACUGAAUAGAACUAAUUUUAUCUACUAGCAUAUAAUGUGAAGACAUUGUGCUAAGAACUGUUUUUUGUUUUUCUGGAAAUGGUCUAAAAGCCUGUUAUAAUCAGAUUUGCGUUAUUUAAUAAAAGCUAGAUUGCCAACCUAUGCUUCUACCAUAAGGCUGCCUGACCACCAGAGCAGAGUGAAAAAGCGUAGCGGAGAAACGGACUAAUGCGAAGCGGAGUUGCGUACUGUGUUGCAGAGUAUGUUUGAAUGAAUUUUUAAACUAACUCGCAAGUCCCUGUCCACUUAAGAGGAGCGGAGAUUUUGUGCAAUCCUAUUGGUUAAUAUUUCUCCAUUUCUCGGCUGCGCUGCCUCGCUCCGCUUCGGUGGACUGGCAGCCUUAGUAUGGUAGCCAACUAUGAAGUAACAAAGCCUGUUGCUUUGCUACUACUAUUUUCAACUUCAGGUUUUAUAAACUGACAAAGAUCUUGUUAUGACAGGUUGUCGUUCCAUUAGUAUUUAUGUAACUUUUUUGGUAAUUUAUCGAUUUGGUAUUUACACGCGUAAUAAAACUACGAGAGUAUAAAGCGCAUCAUAAUAUAUUAUUUACAUAUUUACAAUAUUGUUUAUUAUUAUUAAGUGUUAAUUUCUAAAGAGACCUAAGCAUAUACAUAAUAUUUACAAUAGUUUACUAGUAUUGGUGCUCGAUUAGUUGUAGACAUUUAGCACUGAAUUUUUACAGGGUGUCCCAUAAUUAAUGAAUAAAAUGCAAAUUGUUGAUAAACCACCUAAUUAUCUAAAACUAAUUGGAAUAGUUUUGAAAAAAUCUCUAAUGAGUUAUUUUAUUUUUUUGGAUCUUGAUUUUUCCAAUAAAUAAGACUAAAUUUUAAUUAAUUUUUUUUAAUUACAAGUCAAUACAACAACAAAUAACUGCAUUAGUAAAUUUAGGCAGACAUUUUAACUUUUUUCUUCUAGGGAUUUUUUCAAACCUAUUUAAAUUAGUUUUAGAUAUUUAGGUGGUGUACCAUUUGCGUCUUAGCCAUUGAUUACGGGACAUCCUGUAUACGUCACUAUUUACAGUUUCUAUACAAAGUACAAAUUAUUAUUAUUUUACACCAACAUAGUGCUGAUAAUAUGCCAUACAGAAUCAUAGAACCGAGCUAUAUUAGUUAUUUUAUAUAUAUAAAGCUUGAAAGACAAUUUUUAUGGGUGUGUUAUAGCUUUAAAUGAUGCACAAUAAAUAUAUAGUGUUCUGUUUUAUUAGAUAGUAAGCAGUACAAAUGUAUACAAUAUUGUUACUUGGUUAAGGAAUAUAACUUUGUUUAUCUUUGUUACAUUGACAGUUAUUUGUUAACUUUUAUCUUAUUUCAUAUUUUACAAUACAGUGUUAUUAAAAAAGAUAAUACAGCAA